ACGAACCUGCUGGAUCGCAAUUGCAUAGGUGAUUGAUUCGGUGCUGUUUGUCUGCGGGUGGCGCGUAUUGAUUAGUCUGGGCGCGCCGUGGUUAUCUGGAGCUACGCAGGAAACUGGCCGGCCUGAGCUGAAGCGGCGUCGGCCGUGAACGCGGUUCGUCAUGGCAACGGUGCGACGUCGCGCCGUGCUGGGCAGCCGGCCACCGUCAGCGGGCCUGCGCCACCCGUACAGCCGACCCGACCAUCUGAGCCUGCUCAAGACAGACAGCUGGGCCGCCAGCACCAAGCCAGAGGAGUUCAUCUACUACUCGGACAGUGACGAGGACCUGGACGGUGCCGACGCCGGCGAGAAGUACGACACCACCUCGCGCAGCUUUGUUGAUUACCACGUGGCCCAUCAGAGUGGGCUGGAGCACUUCAACCAGCUGAGCCUCAGCAAGGAGCAUGCCACCAAGCACCUGCUCAGCUACAGCAUGAUGCGGGAGCGGACUAUCCCCAUGAACAAUUACAACAAAGUGUUCUGCAGUGCCUGGCUCAGUGAUAACCAGGUGGUGUUUGGAACCAAGUGCAAUAAGAUCCUGGUGUACAACCUGCGGACGCGGCGGAUAGACAACAUCCCGAUGUUGCUCUCCAACUCGCCGCUGCCCGAGAUGGAGGUGACGGGUGGCGUGUACGCGCUCAGCCUGAACCCCUCGCGCACACUGAUGGCCACCGGCGCGCGCAACUGCUGCGACCUGGCCGUCUACAAGCUGCCCACGCUCGACCCCGUCUGCGUGGGCGAGAACGGUCACCGCGACUGGAUCUACGACACGGCCUGGCUGGACGACCAGUACGUGGCCACGGGCGGCCGCGACACCAGCGUCACGCUCUGGCACGUACCGGACGAGUCGGACGCGACCGACGACCCCGAGGCGCCACCCUCUUACCAGCAUGUCGGCCCCGUGGCCACCAAGAGCUGCAAGACCGCCGACAAGGUGCGCUCGUUGGCCUUCAACCACCGCGACCAGUCGCUGGUAGCGCUGUCCCUCAACGCCUACGUCCACCUCUUCGACGCUGUCUCCUUCAAGCAGAAGCUCUCCAGGAAGCUGCCGCACUCGAUGGACAACGUGUGCUUGGCGCUGGGCGACAACUGCAAGAUGUACGCCGUCGGCUCCAAGUCGCAUACCACCAUCCUCGAUCCCAAAUCGCUGAAAGUGCUGAAGAAGAUCACUGCGAAAUAUCACGGAUGCGGCAUCCGUUCGCUUUCAUUCAACGGCGACAUCCUGACCAUCGGCACGGGCAACUCGGUGCUCAUGUUCUACGACCUGCGGGCGCAGAAGUACCUGGACUCGGGCGUCAGCUCGGGCCGUGCCGUCGUCUUCAAGGCCACCUCCGGCUGGGUGUCGCCGCGCCAGGCGGCCGACGAGUCGCUCUUCCACGAGGGCGGCGUUGCGCAGGUGGACCACACGCCGGCCAUCUACACUCACUGCUACGACGCCUCGGGCACGCGACUCUUCACGGCCGGCGGGCCGCUGAAUGUGGACGUGCGCGGCUGCUACGCCGGACUCUGGAUGUGAGCCGAGCCGAGCCGCCGCCGCCGCCGCAGGACCGGACUGUGGCGCAGGGCAGCAGCCCAGGCCGGCACUGCCACUGCCGAGCGGCGCUGGCGCUGUUGGACCGCCGGCGACCGCGAGGGGCGCGAGUAGCAGCUCGCGCGAGUGCCGUGGCUGUCCUCGAGCGUGCGCCGCGGCCGAACAUGUCUGCGGCACGGUGCGCCGCGGCGACUGGACGCGGCCGGGGGACGUCGCGAUGCGGUGAUCGGUUGGAAGGUUUUAUAGCCGCGCGCUAGAUCUGUGGUAUGCGGUUGUGUGUGCUGAUGUGCUGGGGGGACUCUGCCGCUGGGUGCUGGCUGCCCGGACCGAGCGACUACGGGGGAAUGCCCGAUGAAUGGUGAGAUGCUGUUCUUCUCAAUCAUGUAGUGUAGGCUCAGUGUGUGCCUCCAAAAAGCACGGCCCGCCGUCGUGGCCCUUGCGUGAAGGUCAUGACCGAAGGGCUGCAAAUACUGCCAAUGUCUGGUAAAUGGCCGGAAGCCUUUCUGGUACAGCUGGUGAGCCUUGCGGACAGAUGUCGAGUGGCAGCAAGCCCUGUGUUAGUUGAACCGACCAGGAACCUCAGAGGCUCCAUAUUACUGGCAUCACUGAGGCGGUGACACCAUCGUGACGACCCUGCGACUGUAGAGGAUUUCCCGCGUUCUCCCGGCACCACCACGGUCCGCCGUCAACAUUCUGCAUUGCACGUCUGACAGCGGCUGCCGUCGUCGACGAUGUGAUGACAGAUCCAUUCUUUCACAUUUAGUACCUCACCCAUAUUGCGUGUGUACGAGCGCGGGCCCUGUGGUUGACGCGUGCGCCCCUCCUGGAGGCGGUGACCGGGCCGUGGCGUGCGGAGCGUGCUCGACUGGGCAUGGUAGGCGCUGCUCACAGCUCUGGUUCAGACGCUGCCUCGCCGCCCGUGGCGCGGUCGUGAGCUUUAACGCGUGUGUGAAACGGACGGUGAAGGGUCCAAUGAGUAUUUAUCACACGAUGAGUGGUAUGCGCAUGCUUGGGAGCAAACUUCGUUUGGUCUGACCGUUUCAAGCUGCUCAGAGGUGUGAAGAAAAUAAUCCACUGACGUACGAUAGGCGAGAAUAAUGUUAAAAUCAUGUUUUUAAGUGGUGAACUAGUUAGGCGGACUUGCUUGCUUUCGUCUGUCGUGAUUGUCGUUAUGUUUUAGGGGUGUAGCUUCACAAAAUGAGUUGGGGUGAAUAGGUUGAAUAGUGAAAAAUGACCCGACCUACCCCCAAAAUAUGCAAACAAACAGGUCUCUCCCCAGAUUUGGCCCACUUUCAUCCAACAUUGAGGGGCUGGCGGGCGAAGCCCCUCAACGCAAUAGAAAAAUACACCCCAGCUGCGUUGUACAACAGUUUGUGACGAGCAUCGCGAAAACGUGGCCGAUUUACUUUUUAUUUUCUCAUAUAUAUUUGUACCGAUCGCCGGCAUGGCUGCGUGUCGGAUUACCAAGAUGCGUCCGCACCGGUCAAUUUUCCACGUGCGUGUCUUUCACUCGGGUGUGUGAGCGGAUGUGUCGGGAGCGUGAAGAGGACCGGUCCUGGGAGGCAGGGGAGCGUGCAGAGGACCUGUCCUGGGAGGCUGCCGCCUGCUGUGGCGUCUGCACGUGGGAGGCGUCGUGGUCAUGUCGCCGAAGAGGCGACGGCCGCAGCGCGUCCGCGCCCCUGACAGGUCAGGAACGCCCCGGCCACUGGUCAUGACGUAGCUUGGGCGAAUACAUGCGUGUCUGAU